AUGACCAAGCGCACGAAGAAGGUCGGAGUUACCGGCAAGUACGGCACUCGCUACGGUGCUUCCCUGCGUAAGCAGGUCAAGAAGAUGGAAGUCAGCCAGCACGCCAAGUACACCUGCACUUUCUGCGGCAAGGUCACCGUCCGCCGCCAGUCCACCGGUAUCUGGAACUGCCGCUCCUGCAAGCGCACCAUGGCCGGUGGCGCCUACACCGUUGCCACUCCUGCCGCUGCCGCCAUGCGCUCGACUCUGCGUCGUCUGCGAGAGAUUGCCGAGGUUUAA